AUGCUUCCAAGUUAUAAGCUUAUUUUUUACUUAUAUGUUGCCUAACACGUUUCUGUGACCGUAUUCUCUGGAUUUGGUGCUCUUUUUAUGUAAAAUUGAAUAGAACAAUAAUUAUUGGACAUCAUAGAUGGUGCUGCAGUUCUAAUCUAUGCCCACCUGCCAUUAUCCUCUCUAGGUCAUCACCAGCCGCUAUUCGCUUCUGCACAUACAUGAAAAGGUAUGACUGCCGAUACCAACAGAUGGUUGUGUUACGUGACAAGCUAUUCUAUCAGACAAUCCCGACGCUAGAGACCACGUGACUUUCCUAUUUGCAAACAGGUUCAGGAGGUAACUUUGGUUACGAACGCUGAUAUCUUGGAGGUGGGUGAAACUCUAGAGUUGAACUGUACAGUGACCAGUGGCGACGAGGGCCACAUUCGGAUUAUUCACAAUGAGGUCAAUCUGAGUGUAGAGUACAAACCCCCCAAGGUGCAGGCGCACGUGAGAGUAGUCAUCCAUAACGUCACCUGUCAAGACAUGGGCAUGUACUUCUGCAUCCACAACAAUCUACCAGAUUCAGCGCAUAUUCUCGUUGGCCAUUUACCAGAAGCCCCUCGCUUUAUCAGCUGUGUUUCGGAAAACUUUGAAAAUAUGACAUGUCAGUGGGAUCCGAGGAAAACUGAAUUGUGUAUCCCCAUUGUGUGGACAGUCGAAUAUACGGUGAAACUUGACAUAAGAGGGGUUAUAAAUGAGACGACCAGUUCGUUUGACCCCCCGACGAAAAAGUGUGAAUCUUGGGAUCCGAAUCCACUGACCUGUGUAUGGUUAAAAGAUGAAACUGAUGUCAGAAAUGCAUUCAAGCCAGGCUUCAUCUACACUGUAAUUGCUUCGGCUAAGAACAGAUUGGACACGGCCGUGACGCAAGAGGAGGUCAACACUACGGCAAUAGUGAAACCGGCGCCUGUGUACAACGUGUCAUCUGUUCCAGUGAACAGCUCCAGCGUUCAGCUGACAUGGCACGUGGUAUUCCCGUCUGGAUUUCCGGGAGAUCAUCUGAUAUACUCAAUUACAGCUGUUAGAGUCGGUGAUGCGGAUGUAACAGUCACCAAGACUGGUACGAAUCCAUGGGCAUCCGAUUUGCCAGUCACAGUUCUUGUGGAUGGACUUCAGCCUUUCACUGACUACGUUUUCACCGUCACAGUCAAACCGCAGCUCGGUGGCUUCUGGAGCGAGGACCGUCAUUUCGAAAUCAGAACUCCGGAAGUUGAUCCUGAAGUCGGUCCUGGUGUGAGUUUGUCCUCGUUCACAGACUGCCCGACGGACCCCUCUGUUAGAGAUGUAUACUUAUACUGGAGGGCUCCUGACUCAAGCAAAACCCACGGCCACAUCACCGGUUAUGAUGUGUCCGUGACAAAUUUGGACACACAGGAGGUGUUCAAUACCAAAUCGGGACGUCGACUACGGCUAGAGAGAGUUGACAGGUACAAGGUAGACAUCAAAACUCUGAACAACGCUGGUGUCAGCCGAAGUCAGUCGAGUCUUCUUUUGCCAAGGUCAUCUGAAGUUUUGGCCCCUGUCCAGAAGCCGGAGGCGGAACAAAAUGGCACUCACGUGAUCGUGACGUGGGGUUUACUUCCUUCCGAUGCCAGCAGGAGGUCGGUGACCGUGCACUCCUGUGUAGGCGUCGUCAUGCAGCCGAGUAAAGUGGUGGCCAACUGUUCUGAUUCCUACAACUGGGUGAAGCUAGAAGAGUCUGCAAAGUCGUGGUCUGUUGCGAUUGACAAUCGUAGAAUCUACGUAUUUGGAGUGUCCGUGGAAACCGCUGAUCAAACAAGUGGUAUACAGUGGAUCAGUUGCUUGUUCCAGAAAGGAAAAGUGCCUAGUAAGAUUAUGGAAGUGAAAGCUAGAGAGGUAUGGCACAAGUCUGUGGACUUGGUAUGGACGCGCCUUGUAUGUGGCCAGUCAGCACCAAGCAAAGUCCUGCGCUUUGAAGUCAGUUACUUCUCUGUACCAGAAAAAUCCCGGGCAAGCUGUGACAUCGGUACAACAGUAGAAAUUGCAGGGGACUGGGAACUGGAAUCAGCGUCCUUGAAUGAGCUGCACCCGUCUACACCGUACCAUGUGUGCGUCAGGGCUGUUUCUCCCGCCGGCCCCGGUCAGUGGAGUGACGCCAUCGAUAUACGGACGAAAGCGAACGUGGAAGAAAUCGUUAUCAUUGUGGUAGUAUUGGUGUUUGUGUUCGUCGUGGGUUUCUUUCUGUGUUGUUAUGUACGCAGACAAUUGGGGUCACCUAUGACAAUCACCGUUCCUGAGCCAGUGGUAGAUGAAUAUAGCGCUUGCCAAACGUCUUAUUCCCAUCGGUACAGCUCGGCGGAACAAGAGGUUUUGCUGUGUAAUGGGGCUGUUGUUCAGGGUAAUCCAAACGUUGGGUUCAAGACUGACGAUCGCCCUGUGGUCUCCAGAAACUUGUCUGUGACCUCCGACAGCACAAUUGCGAUCCUCGAUAGACCCCUUGUCCUCUCACAACACGCGGAUGCCAAAACAUCCUCAGAUUCAAUGGCAAACGGCGUAUCACCGUGUUUGUCGUAUAGCCAACUUGCUAAGGCCGACGCGAGCACGACGUCCAAUGGUCGGAUCUCCCGAGAGACCAGUACAGGCGAUUCCGUCAGAGUUGAGGAGCAUUCAGAGGUAAAUACGACAUCCCAUCGACACAGGUCCACAGGCAGUGAUAUACUUACCAAAGUUUCGAACUUAAAAAAGCCAGAAGUUUGUAACCUAGGUGAGAUUAGUUCAACAACAACGAGACAUGCUGAAGACCUGUGUGAAAACGACGAGGAGUCUUGUACAAAUGAGUUUGCUGACGACAUCGAUAGUAUUUCGUACCGUAAAGCACCUAUUAUCUCAGACUAAGCUUCAUCAGAGGACACUGCAAGCCAAUGUUAUCGCUGCACCUUUUAUCCAUUGAUUCCAGACAGUAUUGUUUGUACAUUCUGAUACUCGAUCCUGAGACAUUCGCUGUACGAUUUUAAGCUCUGCUACCGUUAUUACACAGUGAGAAAUCACUUCUGAUUUAUGGACAUAUAAUUUAUAGGACAGCAGAUCUAGGAUUCCAUCUGACAUCAUCUUGUCUUUGGGUAUCCAUCAUAAUGUGUGAUUGUCUAUAUAGGAUCCAGAAUAUUGUGUGACUGUAGAUAUGUAGCAUCCAGAAUGAUGUGUGAUUAUAGAUAUGUAGCAUCCAGAAUAACUAUAGUCCUCGGUGUAGAAAGUAGAAAUAACUCCACAACAUCAAGGUUAAGAUGCUACUUUCACUUCUUUAAUGGAAAUUAUUUAGAUAUAGGCUGAAUAUUCCUCGCAGACAUUCACAGUUACGUAUUUGAGUAUUGAAGGAGUCAAAGGCAAGGAAAAGGGCUCAGAGCUGGGUAUCAGUUUCCCAAAGUAAUCAAAACGACUAUGUGUCUCAUCAGGUGUGCUAUUCAACCAGUAAACAUCUGUGAACACCCAGGUCAGCACUCCAAACUGGUAAGUAACCAGCAUUCCCCAUCACUGUGAGUAAUGUACAACUGUGUCCAGCAGUCUUGUUUUCGUAAUUACUCUAGAAUUGUAAUUAAUCAAACAACUACGAAUAACCUGAAUUAAACGAUCAAUCAUCUUAUGGGAUUAACAGACAUUACCACCAAUUUCAACGUAACACUGAUGUGAUUUAACCUAAACAAGAUCGUGCGACUGCAGAUGACGUAGCAUGACUUCAGAAUUACUUAAGGUUUACCCUUUUACACGUUUUCGAAUAAUAGAUAAACACAAGCCGCUGAUUUUGACUUAAGUACUCGCAUGAAACUAAUGAUACUUAGCAUCUUCAUGAACAUUACGAAUACAAGAAUCAUAAGAGUGACGUUCAGUACUAUCAGUCCCAACUAAAUCGUGUAUCAACAAUAUUGGUCGGACACUCGCUCGCGUCAAAACAUGAACGAUGAUGGCGUCAAUCCCACCAAACACACUAACCUUGAGGUCAGAAAAGGCCGCCUGUGGGCUUGGCCAAUACAACAUUACAUAAAGGUAUACACAGGGAGAUAACUCUAAUUUAACACAAAUAUAGGAGCAUAAUUAUAGACUCUGCCCACAUAUUGUGUAUAGAGUCCGGCAUAAUGUGCCAUCAGGAACACGGUAUCCGGGUCACUGUGUGAUCGUACACACAAUAUCAUGAACUGUGAUGUCAUUCUUACUUUGCUGAACCUACAUGUAAGUCUAUAUUAGCAUGCAGAUAUUAUCAAGGAUUCGGGGUUAUAUCAACGUUCUUAAAUUCCAGGACAUCAGUUCAAGACAUCAACCUGGUGGCCAUUCUAUACCAUUCUUAGCUCAGCAAGCCGUGUCAUCAUGGAAUCGUCAUCCAAGAUUCCAGGCUUUGUCAUCAUUCUGACAUUUGGUGCGGCGUAAUGGUGACAUUAACCCGGACGUGCUUUACAUUCUGGAACAUUAGCAGGCCUACUAGAACAUAUGUUGUGUUACUAUUCACACACAUAAUUUGGUGGUUUGUGUUAUUGGCCAUGCGAUUAUUGAUCCGGAGCGUCCUUAAUGGUUGACAGCUGCUAUACAAUAGUCUGUUUCGAUGCAUCGAUACAUAAUGCUAGCUUUUGUCAUUGUUCUUGCUUUUGGUGUGGCGUAAUGCUGACAUUGGCCUGGACAUGUCUUACAAGCUGGAACAUUAGUUCUGUGUUAUGUUACUAUCCACAUGCGCAAUAUGUCAUUAUCCUCCGAAUUAUCCUCCGAUUUGAUGCUGCGUCAUCAUUUAUUCAUAAUGUUCAAUACUUUCAUAUAUUCAUUACUGAUAUAUUUAUGAUGUAAAAACUCAAGCAUAUAUGUACAUAUUGUUACGACCCAAACUGUCUGUAUUAUACAGAGAUGGCUUGUUCGAAAUACACGAAAGUUUAGCCGCACAAAAAAGUAACCAAAACCAGCAGAUUUUAUUUUACAACAAUUUAUGAGCUUUAACAAGAACAGAUAAUAAGACUUAUACAAAUACUAAAGUACUUAAGUUUAACAAGAAAGAACAGCAGUAUCUAUACAAAUACUAAAGUACUUACGGUGUCAAGUGCAAACGGACGCAUAUAUUCCACAAUAUAUACCACACAGGCAUAAAUGCUCAGAGGCAAAUUCAUAAGAGGGAAAAUCCACAGUAUAACUGAGUGUAUGACGAAAUAUACACAAAAUUCCACAGACAGGGUCGUGUACUAAUAAGCACUGUGUACACAAGAGCACGAAUCAAACAUACAAGCUUGGACUGAACAAGUGCUCGGUGGAGGUAUAACAAAGCCAGAGGCUGUAAAGACACCAAAAUUCAGCACAAAAGGCCUACUAAAGUAAUACACAGCCAAAGCAUCCAAACUCUCAAUAAUUCUCCGUUCCUCUUCUUUUGACCUGCUUCCAUAGGUCUUAUAUAGCCUGGUGGAAUUGUCUAGAAUAAGAAAAUUCCUGAACACUUGAUGUGAACAAACAGGCACCGAACUGAGCGCAUUCUGGAAUAUUCUAAGGUAGAGGCAGACAGCAGGCGCUGAACUCAGCGUAUGUAAACAGUGGCAAGCUAAAUUUAGAAAUUGACGGCAGUCGUGCACAUAACAAUAUAUAUUCAUAUAUUUAUGAUCAUUUUUCACAGUAACUCAAGUUAUGUUAUAGUUUGUAUCUACUUUUUUGUAUUUUUUACCUUAUCACUUAUAUUUUGUAAUAUUCUUACAUUAGUUUUAGACCUGCAUUCUGUGUCAUUUUUUUAUUUCAAUUCAGGGAUGUCAUGUUCUGUCAAUAUUCUUACAUUAGUUUUACGCCUGCAAGCUGUGUCAUCUGUCAGUGAGUUCUAUUCGUCGAAACUGAGCUUAUGCAGUUUAACAUUAUUAAUUUAAUUUGAUUUUCUUUGCAAAGAUAUGGGCUUCUAACAUAUCCAUGAGUCGAGCUUGUGUUACGUAUCACUGAAUAAAGGCAGUUUUGGUCGCAAGUUACAUGAGACGGGUGGAAGGGUUUGUUUGUAUCCUGGACAAUCCCAGGCAAUUCGGUUUCCCUCAUCCCUUUC